UCGGCUUUGUAAWUAAUGGGUGCCAUUUUUCUUCUCUUAGAUGUGAACGAGUGCAAGCUUGUUGAACCAAAGAAUGGAGGUUGCUCUAACCAUUCACAUUGUGURAACACUUACGGUUCUUUUGCUUGUGUGUGUGACAAAGGCUACAGGAAAAACCUAGCUGGGGAAUGCGUAGACAUCGACGAAUGUUCUACCAUCUUCAAUAAAUGCUUUCCUCAAGCCGUGUGCGAAAAUCUUCCAGGCAGCUACAGAUGUGUCUGUUCCCAAGGAUUUCACUUCGAUCGUCUUAAUUAUUGCAAAGAUAUAGACGAGUGUUCAAUGGAAAAUUCUUGCAGUAAUGUCAACAACAGUUUUUGUAAGAACAAACGAGGUAGUUAUGAAUGUGGUUGCAAGAUUGGAUUUAACGCGAAUUACGACGAAACUGCAAGUCCAAAAGUACUCCUAAACUGURCAGAUAUCGAUGAGUGCAGUCGACCGAAUAGCUGUCAUAAGAAUGCUGAUUGUAGCAACACCAUAGGAAGUUACAAAUGCAAGUGCAAGAAAAACUAUGUAGGSGAUGGUUACUCCUGCAAAGACCAACACUUUCCAAGCUGUUAUGGCAACCAAUGGAAGUACUUCAGUAGUGAUGUUUCUUUACGAUGACAACGGCAUGAAUUGGUACAGACAACUAAGAAGGAAAGCCAUGGUCGGUUACGCCACCAAAUCAGGAGUCUGUAAAGAAUACCAAGGAUCCUUCACGGAAUCUAUCUUCGACAUUGAUGAUGAAACAUUUACAGAUCCGGCAGGCAGAAAGCGUAAAGGAGUGAUAGUCAUCGUGUUUUCCAAAGGGAAUGAGCCCCCAACGCCUGAAGAAAAGUGCCUCAGCUGGAUAAGAAAACAGCCAAAAGAUAACGAAUGGAUAAAUGAGAUUCCAUCGUGCCCAUGCUCUUUUAGAGCGGUUCAAUCUGAUUCUCGCUUCGAGUACUGGCGAGGUGCACUAACAAAUCGGCGGAUUUGUUACGCAUACAUAAAGGAGGAAUACACCAAAACAUGUUGUUACUUCAGAAGAGGAUUUUGGACCAGAGGAGCACUGAUAACAAGUGCACGUCUAGCAGGAAGAGUAGCAAGAUAUUCUCCUGUCUCGAACAAGGAUUCUUAUAGACAACACGACGAGGAAACUUUCAAAACGUGCUGUCUCGAUAGUAACAAGUACUGUAACGACUUCUCACAGUAUCGACCCAUUGAAGACAGCUGUUCCAACCAGAGACCUCCACCCUGUUCCUGUCGAUGGAACUUUGGAUUCCGGCGCAGAUGGCGAAUUCGAAGAAGGCGGAUAGUGAGAAGAGGAUGGUUCUUCGGUGAUCCUCACAUCGCAACACUUGAUGGUUUCAAAUAUUCGUUCAAUGGCCUUGGAGAUUACAUUUUGCUCACCACGACAGACAAAAGCCACAUCCUUCAUGGCAAAACAAUCAGACCUCCGUACAAAGAUACCAACAGACUUUCCAACGCGACUGUCUUCAGUGGAUUCGCUAUGAAAAACAAAAAGAACACAACAGUUCAGGUUCUAUUUAGUGACACGAUGCCUGGUAACCUAAGUAUUCUAGUGUACAAUUCAACGUACGUUUGCGGCCAGACUUUUGGUAUAGACGCCCUGAAAAAGGCAACUGGAUUUCUCCUGAAGAAAAGCAACGAAACUCUGAUCGUUUUGUUCGAGGAUUCUGGUUUUUCUGUAGAAAUCACUCCUGGAAUCGGGCUUCUGCAAAUAGGUUUCAGCGUUCCACCUGAACUCGCGGAUAAGAAUACUACAGGUCUUCUGGGUAUACUGAAUGGUAAUAAGACUGAUGAUCUAACUUAUCCGAAUGGUACAGCAAUAUCCACCGACUCAACGGAUAAGGAAAUCUUCGCAUUUGGGCAAACAUGGAAAGUACCGUACGAUGAAGGGUUGUUCGUAUUCGCCGAGAACUGCUCUAAAAAGCCAGUGUACUUUGAUGGAAGCUUCCGUCCAACGUUUUUGAGUGAUUACAACAUGAGCGCAAUCGAUCAAAAUAUUACAAGGAAGUGCAAUGGUAACAAGCAAUGUAUACUGGAUAUCUUGCUUACUGGAAAUGAGGCUCUGGGACUUGCAUCGGCAGAUUUUGAUAAAAAGAACGACGAAAAAAAAGCAGCGAUGGCCAACCAGCCACCUGAUAUCACUGUUACUCCAAAUGUAAUCAACGUAACGGUCAAUGAGAGAAUAAAUAUUACUGUCACCGCGAAUGAUCCGAAUGACGGAGAUACGUUCACGUUGUCAGACACGGGCGAAUUGCCAGCCGGAUCCUCUUUUGACAAUGUUACGAGGAUCUUUUCUUGGUUACCAUCCAGUGACCAACGAGAGGGGAGUUUUAAGAUUGAGUUUGCAGCCGUGGAUAAACAAGGUGCAUCACAGGUCAAGUCAGUAGAGGUCAAAUUCUGUGAUUGCAAGAAUGGACAAGAAUGCGACUUCACAAACAUCCUUACGUCUAAUCAAAACAACAGUUUUGAAUUGGUUGGUUGUAGUUGCUCAGAAAGAUACAGCGGCGAUGACUGCGGAAUCGUGGAUGACCCAUGUGAGAACGAUCCGUGCUACGGCAAUGUUACUUGCAAGUCCAAACCAGCGCCUGAWUUUGGUUAUAUAUGUGGUGCUUGUCCAGAUGGCCUUGUUGGAAAUGGAGAAGACUGCAAUGACUUCGACGAAUGUGCGGAACCAGCCAAUAACACCUGUACGGUUAACGAGACCUGUAUCAACAAAGUCGGCAGCUACGAGUGUCAGUGCAAGACAGGAUACAGGAAACAAACACCGGGCAGCAACUGCACAGAUGUGGACGAGUGUACUAAUCUAAACAUCGGCAACGAUUGUAAGGCUAACUCAGACUGCACAAAUACUCUUGGAGGCUACAAUUGUACUUGUAAGAAAGGCUAUGAGGGAAAUCCUAAGCAAGGCUGCACAGACAUCGACGAAUGCUUGCAAGAUGGAAGAUGUAACCACAAAUGUCAGAAUACGGAUGGAUCUUUCAACUGCACGUGUUAUGAUGGAUACAAACUUAACGAGACAAGCCCUGGCUUCUAUGAUUGUGUUGAUAUCGACGAAUGCGAGUAUCCAAUCAAUAACGAUUGCGAACAGAUCUGUCAAAAUAUACCGUCUUCCUACGUAUGUUCGUGUAAAGAGGGUUACAAACUAGAUUCAAACAACAAGACUUGUUCCGCAAAACAGAAGUGUAAUGGUUUAGGAUGUGAACAUGAGUGUGUCGUCAUAAAUGGCACAAAUGAGUGUAAAUGUUUCAAAGGAUACAAACUUGCGGCCGACAACAAGAAAUGCCAAGAUAUCGACGAGUGUUCGACCAACAAUGGUGGAUGUGCCCAUAAUUGUAAUAAUGCACCAGGAAACUACAACUGUUCCUGUGAACCUGGCUUCAAGUUGAUGUCCAACAAGAGAGACUGCGAAGAUAUCGAUGAAUGCAAGACCGCGAACGGCGGCUGUCUGCAUAUGUGCACCAAUACUGCUGGUAGUCGAAAUUGUUCUUGUAAACGUGGUUAUAAACUGGAUGAUGACAAGAUGACGUGCAAAGAUACCGACGAGUGUAAAGAGGGAUUCAAAUGUCCCCGCAAAGACCAGAUAUGCAAAAACAAGAAGGGCGGUUACAAAUGUCGAUGUCCACCGAGGAAAUUUUCUGAUGGAACGUUUGAAUGCAAAAAGAGUAAGCGGUUUAAACUCAAGAUACGUCUUUUAAGGUACUCGAACUCCCCCGAGUUCAAAUGGAGAAGCGGAUUGAAUGACGAAUUCUCUGAUGACUACAUAAGCACCGUAAACAUGAUUAUUGUUAACCUCAACGCGUUCUUCAAGACGAAAUCCCGAUUUAGACUAUUUUAUUUUGGAUGUAGCGUAACUGGUUUACAAGAUGGAAGUAUAAUUGCCAAUGCUUCGUUGAACUUCGAUCCCAACUCCAAUGUUACGAGUACAGGUCUUAAUCAGGAUAUCAGUGGUGUUAAUGGAGUGAUGGGAGCCUUAAGCUUCGAUCCUCAAUCUAGUUCUGUAUCAGAUGUGAACGAAUGUAACGACCCAGAUGCAAAUGACUGCCACAGUGAUGCUACAUGCACGAAUACAGAUGGUAGUUUCUCAUGCAGCUGUAAUGAUGGAUACUCGGGCGAUGGUGUAAACUGUGCCAAGAUCAAGGAAGACUCGAACAAAACCGCUUUGAUUGUUGGCAUAUGUAUUGGUGUAUCUUUACUCAUCAUCAUCAUUAUUGUCCUCAUCCUUUGCUGUUACAAGAGACAACAAAAGGGAGAUCUUCGUGUCAAUGAAGAAGAUUAUGGCCAUGGGAUGAGGCCAGUGCAAAUGAAGAAUGACCCACCCAUGGCAAAAAGUGGUGAAGUUUACUAUGGUAAUGAUAACAAAGGACGGCGAGGAAGUGAUGAUUCAUUUGAAGGACAGUAUGAUGUUGCUAGGCCGGGAGCAUCUACUUACUAUGACAAUCCUGUCGAUGAUUCAGUUGAAGAACAGUAUGAUGUUGCUAGGGCACAAUCUAAUUACUAUGACAACAUUGCCAUGAAAAAGGAUAAAGAAUCACCAAUGUAAGCAUCACCUGAACAUUACCAUACAUGCAACGUACUUACUGCGCAUGCACUAUGCACAUUAAUCAAUAUUAACCAAGUAAAUGGCACGAGGAAAGCAACAAGUUGAAGUUGGAGAAAGAAACAUAAUUUUCCAUUAAGGAUGCACUAUCUUACACUGUUAUGUCGUUAUAGCACAUAUAAAACAAUAAAAAGGUUAAGCCUUGCCAUAUUCAAUAUAUCCAGUAGAAAGGGAUGAGAAUUUGAAUGAAACGUUCAAAGUUGAAAUAGUUGUUGUGUUUCAAUUUAAGAGACUUUGAUCGGGCUUGAGUUGAUAUGCAUUUUGCUGAAUAAGCAUUUAUAAAAAUGCUUUACCAUAGCAAAAUCAUAAUGAUGCUCAUUAAAAUUCAUAAAUAGUCAUUGUAUUAAUCUAUCAGUUUUCUCUGUAAUCACAGAGUGGGACAACCAUGUGUUCAUGGUAUAAAUUGGGAAUAGUUGGUGCAAAAUAAGGGAGCAUGUAUUCAAAUCUUUAAAACAUUUCCUGCUUCCCCUCAUAUGAGGCACACUUCCUUUGAUUUUUCUCCACCUAAACCCUGACUGGUGCCCCCCCCCCCAUUCGCAAUACUCUUAUUUAUUUUUUGCUUAGAUAACUGCACGUCUCUUUUUCCUGGGUUAAACCUAGAUACUCUCCAUAUUUGCACCAACCUCCCUUGGUCUAAAAUAAUCAUGAUGAUAGAGUACAUACAAUAUAACCGUGAAACUUUAGUAAUACUAAAUAGCACAAUUUCAUGCAAAUUCCAUUGUUUUUCUAUUGUUUAAUUAGCACUAUUUUGUACUAUUUAGUAAUUAGAGAUUCACGGAUUAAUUGCUUGCACUCUGCUGUAAAUUCAUGACAUUUUGUACUUUUUUGAUAAUUUUUUAAAUCACAAUAAAUUGUUAAACAAUACAAUUUUUGUUAAAAAAAUAAACACUUUUAAAGAGUUGAAGAUGCUAAA